AUGGCGGACCUGCAGGGCCGAAAGGUUUUCAAGGUCUUCAACCAAGACUUCAUCGUCGAUGAGAGGUACACCGUUACCAAGGAGCUCGGCCAAGGAGCUUACGGCAUUGUCUGCGCUGCCGUCAACAACCAGACCAACGAAGGCGUCGCCAUCAAGAAGGUUACCAAUGUCUUCAGCAAGAAGAUUCUCGCCAAGCGCGCCCUGCGCGAAAUCAAGCUCCUGCAGCACUUCCGAGGCCAUCGCAACAUUACCUGCCUGUACGACAUGGACAUUCCUCGGCCCGAUAACUUCAACGAGACAUAUUUGUACGAGGAGCUCAUGGAGUGCGAUCUCGCCGCCAUCAUCCGCUCUGGACAGCCCUUGACGGAUGCCCACUUCCAGUCCUUCAUAUAUCAGAUACUUUGCGGUCUCAAGUACAUCCACUCGGCGAACGUCCUGCAUCGUGAUCUGAAGCCCGGUAACUUGUUGGUGAACGCGGACUGUGAGCUGAAGAUUUGCGAUUUCGGCCUGGCUCGUGGUUUCUCUGUUGACCCAGAGGAGAAUGCCGGCUACAUGACUGAGUAUGUUGCCACAAGAUGGUAUCGUGCUCCGGAGAUUAUGCUCAGUUUCCAGAGCUACACCAAAGCAAUCGAUGUCUGGUCGGUAGGCUGUAUCUUGGCUGAACUUCUCGGCGGCCGACCUUUCUUCAAGGGUCGUGACUAUGUCGACCAACUGAACCAGAUCCUGCACAUCCUCGGCACUCCCAACGAGGAGACCUUGUCCCGCAUUGGAUCCCCACGUGCCCAAGAGUAUGUCCGCAACCUGCCGUUCAUGGCCAAGAAGCCCUUCCCCAGCUUGUUCCCCAACGCGAACCCCGACGCUCUUGACCUGCUCGACCGCAUGCUGGCUUUCGACCCGUCGAGCCGCAUCAGCGUCGACCAGGCACUUGAGCACCCAUAUUUGCACAUUUGGCACGACGCGAGUGACGAGCCUGAUUGCCCAACCACUUUCAACUUCGACUUCGAGGUUGUCGACGAUGUUGGUGAGAUGCGCAAGAUGAUCCUCGAGGAGGUCUACCGGUUCCGCCAGAUUGUGCGAACCGUCCCGGGCUCCAACCAGCACGGCGGUGCUGGUCAACAGGGUGGCGCACAGGUGCCAAUGCCUACCGGUGGCCAGCAGUGGGCAAAGGAAGACCCCAGACCAGAGGAGUAUAUGGGCCACAUCCCACAAGGCCUGGAAGGUGAACUGGCUCUCGGUGCUGAUCGUCCGAGGUAG